AACUAAAAUGGUUCACAUUAAACAUAAACAACUUUCUUACAAAUCGGAAAUAUAAAUUUCAAAUGUGUUCCAUUAGAUUAUUCGGGUCCUUUGUGGAAAAUCCCAAAGUUGCACAGUAUGUAACGUUUAAUCAUACGGAAAAUCAGCAUAAAUAAUGCGACGCAAAAUGGGAAAUUCAAUCGCCCUAUCAAAAAAUGAGUUUCGUCAACAUUUGCUUUGAUGCGGCUAAUUGAAUUUUCCUGCGAAAGUGUAAAGCGUAAAACGUGGGAGGCAGUCAAAAAAGUGAUUUCUGAUUUGUGUGGCAAAUUAAAAUUUAAAUGCAAACGAAUCAGGCGCACGCACCCACACACAUACACACACAGACAUAUGCGAAAAAGGACAAUAGAUUACAAUAUCCUGGGGCGAGGCAAAAAGCAGCACGAGCAACAGCAACAGCAGCAGCAGCAGGAGCAGGACAUACAGGCCCAGCUGGCCGGGGCAUGCGCCUGGGUGGGAUGCGGGUCGACUCCGUGCUGAUGGCUGCCUGCCAGCAGCAGCAGCAGCAGCAACAGCAGCGGCAGCAGCAGCAGCAGAAGCAGCAGCAGCAACGGCAGCCGACAACGGCGUCCGACCAUCAGCCCAACGGUUUCCGCUUGCUUACUGCCAGUGAGCAGCGAGUGGUUCGGGCAGAGCGGAGAACGCGAGGCGAUGCCGAGUGGCUGGAGUCGUGGAGUUCCUGAAC